CCCCUCGGCGGCUCCAGGUGCGGCGGCGGGGCCCGGGCCGCGGCCGGGCCGGGGCCGGGGCGCCAUGGCCGAGUCCCAGCUGAGCUGCCUGGACGAGGCGCACGUGAACGAGAGGGUGACCGAGGCGCAGGCCGCCUUCUACUACUGCGAGCGGCGGCGGGCGGCGCUGGAGGCGCUGCUGGGCGGCGGCGAGCAGGCCUACCGCGAGCGGGUCAAGGAGGAGCGGCUGCGGGACUUCCUCUCCAGCCAGGAGCGCCAGGACCUCCGCGCCGCCUGGAGCCCCUACGAGGAUGUCGCCGCCGCCGCCGCCACCGCCGCCCGGGGCAAGAGCAAGACCAAGGCCAAGGCCCCGGCCCCCGCCCCGGCGCAGGCCCGGGCAGAGCCCGGCGAGUCCCUGGCCUACUGGCCUGACCGCUCCGACACCGAGGUGCCCCCGCUGGACCUGGGCUGGACCGACGAGAGCUUCUACCGCGGCGUGAGCCGCAUCACCCUCUUCACCCACCCGCCCAAGGAGGAGAAGGCGCCCCACCUCAAACAGCUGGUCAGGCAGCUGAUCCAACAGGCCCAGAAGGUCAUCGCUGUGGUCAUGGACCUCUUCACCGACGGUGAGAUCUUCCAAGACAUCGUGGACGCUGCCUCGAAGCGCCGGGUCCCAGUGUACAUCAUCCUGGAUGAGGCAGGUGUGAAGUAUUUCCUGGAGAUGUGUCAGGGCCUGGAGCUCGCAGACUUCCGUAUUCGGAACAUCCGUGUGCGCUCUGUGACAGGUGUUGGCUUCUACAUGCCCAUGGGGAGGAUCAAGGGGACCCUGUCAUCCAAGUUCCUAAUGGUAGAUGGUGACAAAGUAGCCACCGGAUCCUACAGCUUCACCUGGAGUUCCUCCCACGUGAAUAGGAACCUCCUGCUUCUCCUGACGGGGCAGAACGUGGAGCCCUUUGAUGUGGAGUUCCGGGAGCUGUACGCCAUCUCCGAGGAGGUGAACUUGUACCAGAAGCUGGGCCUGGCGGGAGGCGCCGGCAGGCUCGGCCUCAACUACUCCUCCACCGUGGCUCGCAAGCUCAUCAACCCCAAGUACGCCCUGGUGGCAGCCAGCCGCCAGCCCCCGGGAGAAAUGAUGCGCUCGGCUGCCCGGCAGCAGCGAGAGGUCUGCAGCCACCCAGAGGGGCAAGAGGAGGGCGGCAGGGGCAGCGAGUCAGCCCGGCGCCUGGAGAACUUCCUGCACGACCUGGUCACACUGCAGCAGGUGCUGCCCCCCGUGGAACCCGUGCCCUCGGGAGAGCUGACGAGGAAGGACAGCAGGGGGGUCUGCCACCUGCGCGCGGACCCAAAGCCCAAAGCCCCAGAGGCACUCGCCCGACAUGGCAAGGGAGAAGCUGCCAACGGGGAGGCCACCCCGGCCAAGGAGGGCAGGCGCUUCAGCAGCAGGUUCUUCAGCCGACGGUCCAAGAAGACCGCAGCCCCCAACGGCACGGCCAGCGCCCUGCCCGCCGAGACCUUUGCCGAGGUGGAUUUUCAGGUGGGGAAGAGGCCCAACGAGGGCUCCAGUGCGGAUGUCUCAGGUAAAACAACUCCCAGUCCUGCCAAAGCCAGCAAUUGUGUGAUCUUCUAAGCCGCACGCGGGCCUGCUGCGGCAGGACCUGUGGAUGCCCCCGUCCUGUCCUGUGGCGAACACAGGACAAACCCUGCACCAGUUUGCACAUCGGACCCCUCCUGACCUCCUGCCCCGGCAGCCUCAUCCUGGCCUCAGGGACCCUGAAUCGCAGAUGUGAGAGUCUGCGGCAUCUCAGGACCAUUGCACACCUCCACAAGCGCAUGGCGGCUGCGCAGGGGUCAGCCCUCGUUUACAUGCUGGGGAAGCUCACCAACGUCCACGCUUCUUUAUGUCCAGCCCCCUCCCUCCGCUGGGCCAGCCUCGCCCUGCAGCCCUGAGAUGGGGUGAGCCCACAUCUUCAUACCUCACUCAACAUGAGGGGGGCCCAGGGCAGCCCCCCGCCCCGCCUUCUCCUUCUCUGGGCUCCCUGGUGCUGCUGGUCCCCCGAGAGCUGUGGUGGAAUAGAAGGCACGAGGACAGGGCUCUGAGCCAGGCACCCAGUCUUGCUCUGGCCUCUGAACGUGAGGCAGGAGGUGGGUGAGGAUGGCGGCUGGGGACUGGCUGCUGUGGCCGUCCUGGCCUGUCCCUGCAGGCUCCUGCUCUAGACUCCGAAUAGAAUGAGGCAGCAUUUGGUGCCAUUGCAUCAAAUUUGAGAGUCCAGCACCGAGGCCUCCUCUCCCUCACCCAGCGCCACCUGGCAGGCUCCACCCUGAAUGGUCCAGGCCUCCUAGGCUAUUGCCUGCUGCAAGCCCACCUGGAGCCCCCUAGUGCCUUUACCUGAGGCGGCUCCCUCCCCUCCUGUGCCUUGAUUUGCAGCCCAAAGCAGGGAGGGAGAGAGAGCCGGCCUGAUGUGGGGAGGGAGGCUGGGCCCUGUCUCCAGGAGCCUGUGUCCCUCCCUGCACCCCAGAGCUGGCCCUUGGUCCCCUUUACCAGCCGGGACUCACGUGCCUUCUCUAGUUACAGUUCAGCCAAAGACCAGCCUUGGCCUCCUGCCAAAGUCAGGCAGGAUUGAGGAGCCUUGGCCUCCUGACAGGGACCUGGCCUAAGUGCCACAAUGCCAGGCCAGGAAGAGCAGCCUGCCGUACAGUGCCCCCUCUUCAGGCGUGUGACGGAAGGGCUCUGCGCAAGUUCCUGCGCGGACAGUGGAGAAACUGCCCACGCGGGCCCUGCGGCCCGCCCUGCUUCAGGCCCAGGGACUGGUGGUCAGUCGCUGAGAGCUGAGGGCCGCAGCACCUGGGCGAGCACCACGCUCAGCCUCUCGGCCUCCUGCGUCUAAGCCAAGCUCCUGACCCCUCGUCUUUCCUUCAGCAGAACCCUGGGGCACCAGCAGCACCUUGGGGAGGGGCGCGGCUGUCUGCCAACACCUAUGGAAGGGGGAGAGGGGGCGCCCCAGCGUCCUAGUGAUGGGAGGGGUGGGGAGGGGAGAGUGAACCUGGCUCCCCGGGGCAGGGCGAGCUUCUGUGAGGAUUAAACAUUUCCUGGGAAGUGCUUCCUGAGGCACCGAGGCCUGGCAGCGAGGCCUUGCUUGUUCUGGAGGGGAAGGGCCGGGGGAGGCAAAGGGGGUGUUUCCACCUCAGAUGCAAGUGUUUGGGUAGACAGAGCACCCUUGGUGAGGAGAGCAGACACCUCUGGGGACAAGGGAGGAGGGGACCAGCUCCUAAGCGAUGCUGCAGAUGUCUGCUGGUGCCUCUCCUAGAGAGCAGUGCCCUCCCCGCCCAGACUGGCAGCCACCGCAGCCUCGAGCGGGCAGUCCUUCCUGCCCCCGUUUCUCCCUGUGCCGGCCUGGGCGCCUUCUCACUCCCUCAUAGAAACAGAGCGGCUGGGAGACCAUAUGUUGAAGAGGAAGCCACAUGGUGUCCUGGGAGGAGGGCUGGCCUGUGAGGCAAGGCACCGGCCCCUCCCCAGCAUGUUCCCUCUCCCCUUCCCUUACCGAGGUUUGGCCGCAAUGGCCUCUGACCCCUUCCAGAAGACAGUCCAAAGAUUGCUGAGGAUCUUGAAGUCCUGGAGUGCAGCUCCUGCCGUCUGCUCAUCGGCCUGAGCUGCAGCCCGCCCCCUCCUGCCUCUUGGCUUCAGCUUUGGCACGUCUGCCCUCCGUUCUAGCACUUGCACAUACUUUGUGAAAUUCUCAUCAAAUCUCAAGGGAACAUCUGGCCUUCCCAGCUGGGUGGCAAGUUCAAGGGUGGACCAUGCCCUUGGUCCCUCCUCAGCAUCUUCCACAGGCUGGUGACACCAGAAGGGCUCAGGAGGAAAGGGAUGGAAUGGCGCUCAGGGUGCGAGGCCUGGCUCCACUGCCGCCACCUGCCCCCAUCUCCAAGCUGCCCACUUUCUCAGUCUGGUCUCUGUGGGCCAAGUGUCAACCACUGGCAGAGCUCCUUGGGAGGUCGGCCUUGGAUGAGCAGAGGCACUUGGCGGCUGCCGCCACCCUAGACCUUGCUCCUUAGGAGCAGGAAGCACAGGCCUUCUGCACAGAGCUGGGAGGCUUUCCCUUGAUAUUUGGCAAAACCUCCCAGUCUCCUUUGUCAGCUGUCCUCGGGAUAUGGGUAGCCCCACCCCUGAUCAGCCUCUGCUCACAGCAUUCGCCUGUGUCUGCACGGACUCAACAGAAAGCCAGAUGAAAGAGGCAGCCUUGAGAUACGGGGGGAAAGGGUUUGUUUUUUGUUUUGUGUGUGUGUGUGUGUGUGUGUGUGUGUUUUAGGGCCACUUCCACUGCUUGUGGAGGUUCCCAGGCUAGGGGUCAAAUCAGAGCUACAGCUGCCAGCCUACACCACAGCCACAGCAACGCCUGACCCGAGCCAUGUCUGCGACCUACACCACAGCUGACAGCAACACUAGGUCUGUAACCCAUUGAGCGAGGCCAGGGAUCGAACCUGCAACCUCAUGGUUCAUAGUCAGAUUCAUUUCUGCUGCACCACAACGGGGAACUCUGGUUUUCUGCUUUUGACAUACCGAUCACCUGCUAUACGCCAGUCACUGUGCUAGAUGUUUCCGUCACCUGCAGCUUUCAAACUAAGACAAGCCCAGGAAAAGACCCUUUGCAAAGUUAAAAGCUCUUCCUGUAUACACGGAGACUGAGUCUCAAAGGUUACAUGGUGAGCAGCUCAGGUCUGUUGCCCCCGUUUUCUAGAUGAGGAGGUACGUGGUUCUCCCCACAUCCCAUAGCACCUAAAAUGCAGACCCAGGACGGCUCCUCCAGCUCAGGGCUUCCUGCCUUCAAUACCAGUAACACCUUGAACGGAAAAUUCUGUUGGGGGAGGGGCUGCCCUACACACAGUAGGAGGUUUAGCAGCCCCUACCUACUAACUACCAGUAGCACCCUUCAGAUGAGACAACCAAAAAUGUCUUCAGACGUUGCCACGUGUCCCCGGGGUUCCGAUGGCCCCAGGUGAGAAAGAGAGCUCUACUUUGAGCCCUGAAGGGCCACGGGCUGCUUCCCUGAGCUGCUGUCAUGUGUGUUCCUCCUGCAAAACAGUUCUCUUUGUUGCCGAAACGCUGGGGCCCAGAGAGGCUGGCUGGCUUGCCAGAGAUUUUGCUUUCUGUGCCUGGCGCGGUGGUAUCUUCCUUCUCUGCUCUGUCUACCUUGCUUGGCUCUCCCCAGAACAGGUGUGUUUAUGUGCACACAUCUGUCCCUGCCACGUUUCCUCCCAAUCUGUUCUCCUUCCUUCGGCCUCCGUUAAGGCCAGCACAGAGAGCAUCCCUGGACAUACCUGUGUGUCUCCGGCAGUGUCCCCACAUCAAAAGGCAGCCAGGGCUGACACGCUCCUCAGUGCUACCUGGAGCUCCGUGAUCACAUUCCCAGUGACCACUGACAAAGCCCCCUCAGCAGCUAAUUAGUCCUGCUGAGCACCGUGGAUACAGUUGAUCAUCUGGCUGUGCGCCAGUCUUUCCUCCCUGCCUGGAGGACCCAGUGGCUGUCACUGUGACCGUCUGUACUGCUGUUCCAGUGGCAGGAGGUCUGGUGCAGAGCAGGCACCCCAGGUCCAGCAAGCUGAGCCAGACCAAGGCUGAGAGGACAUGCCCCUUAGGAGAGUCUGAGAGCUGGCGAGUGCAGAUGUGAGAGUGUUUUUAGGGUGAGUCAUCACUGGAUCAUCCGGAAGCCUUUGAAAAGCUGGACAGGGAGUUCCAAUUGUGGCUCAGUGGGUUAAGAACCUGACAUUGUGUCCAUGAUGAUGUGGAUUCGAUCCCUGGUCUUGCUCAGUUGGUUAAGGAUCCGGCAUUGCUGCAAACUGCAGUGUAGGUUUCAGAUCUGCCAUUGCUGUGGCUGUAACGGAGGUUGGCAGCUGCAGCUCCGAUUCAGCCCCUAACCCAGGAUCUUCCAUAUGCCACAGGUGUGCCCCGGAGACCAGGACACCAUCUUUCUGCCUCACUGUUGUAUCCUCAUAUCUGCGUAAUAGCAAUUUGUUAAAUGAUUGAACACUUGACAGCUAUUUGAUACAGAGAAUAAACUAGGCUAAUCAA